UGAUACUAUAUAUUUCAAUGACUCAACUCAACUGAGCUUAUGUUUAUAAUUGUUGGCUGUAGAAAUGUCAUAUAUAUGCUCCCUUCUCUGUCCCAAAUUGAUGCCGCUGUUACUACUACGACUUAUCGAUAACUUUUGUUUGUUCGUGUGUUUUCAUUGGUCAUUUAAUAAAGCAAAACAUUCUUGUCACUUCUUGUUUUGUACUCCCUCCGUCCCAAAUUAUAAUGCCUGUUUACUAUUCACAGGAUCAAACUUCAUUCACUUUCUUUCUCUAUUUUCGUUAUCAAUUUGAUAAAAUAAAAUAUUAUUGUCACUACUAGUUUUGUAGAUCUUUUGAUGUAGUUUUUUAAUAUGUAAUUUUUAUUUUUUAAUUCUACACCAUUUGUCAUAUAAAAUGGUUUGAAAAUAAUUUCAGUCAAACAUCGUAAACCGAAACAGGCGUUAUAAAAUGGGACGGAGGUAGUAGAAAUUUUGAAGCAUUUUUAAAACGAUGUAAUUUAAACAUUUUAUUUUUAUAUCAAUUUAUGAUAAAAGUGAUUUUUAAAAAGGAUAGGAUUUUGCACGUUUUUAGAACGAGUGUGGUAUUCAUUGUGGGACGGAGGGGGUAUAUUCAAACAAAUAUUAUGUUUACUUUGUCAUGACAGCUUGUAUGACUGCAAUUCUCCCAUGCAAGACAUUUGGUCAGAUAUAUGAGAUCCUGAACAACGGAGUGAUGCCAUGGCAAGUGGGAUCAUUGGUAUACCUGGUGUUGAUGCCUCUUCUGUGCUCCCAAUGGGUAACGGGAUCAAGGUCCAGAACCAAGCUGAGGCAGAGGUUCAAUCUGGUUGAAGCUCCAUUCUCUGAUGUUUUCUCUCACAUUUUCUGCUCUUGCUGCUCCCUCUGCCAAGAGUUUCGCGAGCUCCGAAACAACGGCCUCGACCCCGCCAAAGGUAUGAACCACACUAAAUGAUCGAUUAGAUAGUUUGACUCGAUAUCGUACUCCCUCUGUCUCUUUCGAUAAACAAUUCCACAUUCAUUUUUCUUGCAUCCCACAAAAUACUUCUACCCCCAUCUAAAAUCUUUGUGAUUACAUCUCAUUUCUCUUUUUAUUGCGGGUAUUAAUUAUUUUGAAGAUAUUUUAGACAUUUGAUGUCCGAAACAACGGCCUCGACCCCGCCAAAGGUAUGAUAUAUAUUAUUCACCCCGCCGCCUAAAGGUAUAGCCAUAAGACAUUUGAGUCGAACCAUACUAAAUGAUCGAUUACAUAGUUUGACUAGAUAUCUCACUCCCUCUGCGUGUAAACAGUUCUACGUUCAUUUUUUCCGCAUCCCAUAAAAUACGUCUGCCCCAUCUAAAAUCUUUGUGAUUACUUUUCAUUUCUCCGUUACUGAGACUAGAAAUUGUUUUGGGAGUAUUUUAGACAUUUCAGGUCGGAUACAAGUAUUUUGUGUUGAAAAUUACAAGUUUAGAGCGAAAAAAAUCCAAACUUAUAAUAUGUUCGGAUUUUACAACGGGAAAUUCAAAAAAUAAAAUAAAAUAAAAGUUGCUGGUGGUCGGAAGUUGAAUGAAAAGAAAGGAAAGCGGAGUCGCCGGAGCUUUCCUAAAGGUAGUAUCGCCCUCACUGAAUUUACGUCCAAUGUUGUCCCGUUACAAGCCAAAGAUUCCAAUAUUUUAUGGGAUGCGAAAAAAAAAUGAUGUAAUUGUUUUUCGGAACGGAGGGAAUAUUAGCUUCUUUUCAAAGUUCUAAUAUGAGACUGAUAUAUUAUGUGCAGGAUGGAAUGGUUUACUUAGUGAGCAGGAGAUGAUGAGCACUCCUCCCCCACUCCAAUCCAUGUCCCACUAGAGAGACAUUAAUUUCCCUUUUUCUUCUUUGUUGCUUGUAAGUUGGUCGCCAUGGACAUACAACAACAUUAAUUUAAACAUUAUGUUAAGGAUUGCUCCAUGUCUCUAUUAUACUAGUCCAAGAAUAUCUUUAAAUUCUAAAGCAAUAUUUUGAAAUUCGGACUGCGGCCCCAAUGCUCGGCCCGUCCGAAUCAAUGAUGAAACUCGUU